AUGGACAAAGCCAACCCUUUGAGUACCCCAAUGAUGGGCAGAACAUUAAAUGUUGAAAAGGAUCCGUUUAGACCUAAGGAAGAAAAUGAAACAGAUCUUGGCUCUGAAGUACCAUACCUCAGUGCCAUUGGGGCACUCAUGUACCUUGCCAACUGUACAAGGCCUGAUAUAGCCUUUGCAGUGAAUUUACUAGCAAGAUUCAGUUCAUGUCCUACAAAGAGACAUUGGAAAGGAAUAAAACAUAUUUUUCGAUAUCUCCGAGGUACUUCUGAUUUUGGUUUGUUUUAUUCUAACAAUACAAAACCAGUUUUACUUGGUUAUGCAGAUGCAGGAUAUUUGUCAGAUCCACAUAAUGCUAAAUCACAGACUGGAUAUGUGUUUACAUAUGGUGACACCGCAAUAUCAUGGAGAUCUCAAAAGCAAACACUUGUAGCAACUUCUUCAAAUCAUGCUGAAGUAAUUGCCCUCCAUGAAGCUAGCAAAGAAUGUAGAUGGUUGAGAUCAGUAACUCAACAUAUCCAAGGAACGUCUGGUUUACCAACUGAUAAGAAUCCAACAAUUUUGUAUGAAGACAAUGCUGCAUGUGUUACUCAGAUGAAAGAAGGUUACGUCAAAAGUGAUAGAACCAAACACAUCCCUCCAAAAUUCUUCUCAUUCACACAAGAGCUAGAAAGAAAUAAAGAGGUUGAUAUUCAAUACAUUCGUUCGAGUGAAAAUGUGGCCGAUCUCUUUACAAAGGCACUUUCCACAUCAGUCUUCAAGAAACACGUACGAAGUAUUGGAAUGCGUCACCUUCGAGACAUUUGA